CCGGAUGGUGUCAGACCGCAGAAUCACCCAGCUCCUAUAAAAAGUUCACAUCGCGCUGGUCGACGCCGCCCUACUUAUGCUGAGCCGCGUCUGAAGCUUGCCUUUGUCUGAACCUCUGGAUUCGAGUCUCGGCACGCGUCGCAGGAUACACGAUCGCGAUCGUUAAUUAGCUUCGACCUGUCGGAGUGAACGCUGUGCUCACGCUAGUCUCGGGACACCUUUGUAUCGAGCGCGCAUAUGUUCAAGUCGGUGGUGUUCGCGCUGUCAGUGUUAGCGCUGGGGUGGGCUAGUCCAUUCGUGUCUGCGCAGUCGACGACCUCGACUAACACGGACACGUCCAUCUCAAUACCGACGGCCACGUCGUCCGGCUCGUUCACUACCACCUCGGUGUCGUACUCUACGACCAUCACCUCCGGCACGCCGGGGACGUCCACCGGCACUUACACCGGCCCGCGCCCCAGCUCCUCCUCCACCGCGUCCGUCUCGCUCUCCACAACCGUCAUCACGACGACCUUCUCCAACCCGCCCGUCACGCUCACCUUCACCGCGACCGAGACGCCCUCGGGCACCUCCGUCAGCUCUGGCACGGCCUCCACCGCGUCCGUCUCCGCCUCUUCCUCUCCGUCCGCGAGUGCGGUCUCAACCCCCUCUAGCGCGACGACGCUGACCGUGCCCGCGUCGCCCUCGCGGACGGUCGCGCCCCAGCCGACGGGGACGGUCACGAGGUCGAUCCCCGCGCCGGCGAGUACGGUGUCGAACACGUCUGGCGCGCUGGCGGCGGGGUGGAGGGGGACGGCGGUGUUGGGCGCAGUUGUGCUCGUUGGGCUGGUUGUCGGGAACGUUUUCUGAUGCCUUGCAUAAUGCGCGUGAUCUGAGACAUCGAUUGGCAGAGCUGUUUACUAUUUAUGUGUGUUCGUAGGGUGUAUUCUGUACCUUCGUAGUGCUGUUUGAUUACCUUCGUUUGUCUCGUGUACUCUUCCAUCGUAGUUGGCUUGUUACAUGUUAUAAUUCAACCCAAGCGUAUCCGUUGCCCUCA